AUGAAAGAAGAUCUAGGAUUCGGACCUGGCAACGAGCUGAGCUGGAUGAACACCUACUUUCUGAUUGGUACGAUUGUUGGAGGCCCUUUCGCCAAUCUCAUCAUCACUGUUGUGAGGCCCAGGAUCUGGCUUCCUGCAUGCCUAAUGAUAUGGUCACUUUUCGUCUUGUUCUUUUUUAAAGCCCACACUGCGAGUCAGUUUUAUGCUCUGCGAUUCUGCGUUGGUCUAUUCGAGUCAGCAGCUUGGCCUGGAGUUCAAUACGUACUUGGUUGCUGGUAUCGCAAGUCCGAACUAGCACGCCGAAGCGCUUUCUUUGUCGUCUCCGGCGUAUUAGGGCAGAUGUUUUCUGGCUAUCUCCAAGCCGCGCUAUUUAGCGGUAUGCAUGGAAAAGGCGGCAUGCCAGCGUGGCGAUGGCUCUUCAUUUUCGACUUCCUUCUUGCAGUUCCUGUGGCACUGUACGGAUGGUUUUUCUUCCCCGACACCCCGCACACAACACAGGCCUUCUACUUGAACGAAUGGGAACGGAGGCGCGCUUGCGAACGGAUCGAGGAAGAGGGUCGCAAACCGGUCGGAAAGCUCGACUGGACUGUGAUGAAGCGCAUUAGCGGAUCAUGGCAGUUAUACGUGUUCUCGAUCGCCUACUCCCUGUGGACGCUUACUUGUGGCUCCUACAUCAUUCAAUACUUCGGGAUCUGGCUGAAGUCACUUGGAACAUACUCAGUUCCGCAGGUCAACAAUAUUCCAACCACUGUCGGUGCCAUCAACUUCGUGUUUAUGAUUGGCACCGGGUUUGCCUCCGACAAAAUUGGUCGACGAGGACCAGUCUGCUUUGUAGUAGGCUUGCUCCUCACUUUCAGCUACGCCAUUCUUACUGCUUGGAAUGUGCCUGAUAAACUCAAGAUGGCUGCGUUCAUUUUGGUCGGGUGUUACGGUUGCUACACACCAUUAUUGGCCGGUUGGGUCAACGCAAGCUGCGGAGGCGACCAGCAGCUACGCGCUUUCGUGCUAGGUAUGAUGGUCAGUGUUGGACAGGCUGUUGUUAUCCCUUUCCAGCAGUUACAGCUGCCCAGUGGCCAGGCACCAGAUUUCUCAGAGACCCAUGGGUGGGGAAGUGCAUUGGCCUUUGUGAUUGCUUUGACGCUUUGGACUGGCGUUGGCAUUGACUUAGCACAAAAGCUAUUCGAGAGGAAAGUCAUUCCGGAAUGCUCUGACGUCUGA